GGCGUUUCUAGCGUUGCUAGCAUCCGACUCAGCCCUUGGAUGCCCUUGGAUGCCCUUGGUAACGGUGAGCAUCGCUAUGUGGAGCUGCCCCUCCCAGCUGACUCAGCUGACUCAGCUGACUCAGCGAGCUGCCCCAGGGAGAUACGACGGAAUGGCUGGUGCCCAAAGGACGCAACAUCGCCAUUGGCAGCCCAGAUUGGUUCUGGGCAUGGGGGUCAUUAGCGCCAUGGUCAGACGUUGUCGCAGAGGUUCGCGGCUAUGGCGUUCUGCAGCAUUGUUGGAUGGAACAGUGACUGCCGUGGGAUUGGAUGGAGAAUCGCCAUCUCCAGAAGCCCCACCUGCAGGAUCCCGCACAUUGGAUGAGUUAGGAUUCCUGAUCCGCAACCCUUUUGCUCGCGGCUUGGAGGUGUC